AUCAUCGGCCUUAUCGAAAAAGGUGUCAGCGACCCUGAUCUGCCCAGAUUUUGCUGUGCCCGUAGAUCUAUCUGUUAGCACUAGCAGUUGAUAAAAUCUCUGGACAUGGCUCAAGCGCCCAAAUAUCUGACUGGGGAUCCGUCCGCCAUCAAUGCCUUCGUUGAUCAAUUCGAUGUGUUUUUGAUUGAUUGUGACGGAGUCCUCUGGUCAGGAGAUCACCUCUUCGACGGAGUCGCAGAGACGUUGGGGCUGUUGAGGUCUAAAGGAAAGCGGACGGUCUUUGUGACCAACAACUCUACCAAGUCCCGGCCCGAGUAUCUGAAGAAGUUCGCCAAACUCGGGAUUCCGGCUGAUGUCGAGGAUAUAUUUGGCUCCGCUUACUCGGCAGCCAUCUACAUCUCGCGGAUCCUGAAGCUGCCACCCUCGAAGAACAAGGUGUUCGUUCUUGGCGAGGCUGGCAUCGAGAAUGAGCUCAGGACCGAGAACAUUCCCUUUAUCGGGGGCACCGAUUCCAACUAUCGGAGGGACAUGACUCCGGAGGACUGGCAGGGCAUUGCAGACGGCUCAUUGCUGGACCCCGACGUGGGCUGCGUACUGGCCGGCCUGGACUUCCACGUUAACUACUUGAAGCUCUCGCACGCACACCAGUAUCUGCGACGCGGGGCCGUCUUUCUGGCCACCAACCUCGACCCGACCUUCCCCAUGAACCACAAUUUCUUCCCCGGCGCCGGGUCCAUUGUCAUCCCUCUGAGCAAUAUGGCAGGGGAGAAGCCGCUGGCGCUCGGAAAGCCGAGCCAGGCCAUGAUGGAUGCCAUAGAGGGGAAGUUCAAGCUCAACCGAGCAAGGACUUGCAUGAUUGGUGACAGACUGGAUACCGACAUCAAGUUCGGCAUCGAGGGACAGCUCGGUGGGACGCUGGCUGUUCUUAGCGGAGUUAGCAAGAAGGCGGAUUGGGAGGCCGAGGGCGCUGCGGCGGUGCCUGCGUUCUAUGUCGACCAGCUGGGGGAUCUCCGUGGCGGCGGCACCGGCGCUUAGUUGGGCUGCAGUGCCCUGGUACUGCGUAAACCGAACCCUUCGGCGAAGAAGAUUCUAGUGUAGGUAACCACGAAAGAAUCCAAGGAUGUGUGUUAGUGCCUACCAAACACUGAACAUGAUGCGCAUACUACAUAGUGUAGUGAGUGAGCGUACAAUGCGUGUUUACGGUUGGAUGACGUAUUGCUCCCGUGAGUCUGUGAUCUGUGAUUUGUCUGUAGGCUCGUGAAUUUC